AAAUCUCUAAAAGACCAAGAAUUAAUAAAACCAAAUCCAUCAACUUCAGUCAAAACAACACCAAGCUCAGAAUGGACUAUUCCAUUGCCUAGUAAAGAGAAAGAUCCAAAUAGAUUGUCCAAGGAUGUUGUAAAAGCUGAAUUGAAAAAAAGAAAAAUUGAGUAUUAA